GAAAAACGUUGUUUUUUCUUCAUUUAAUUACUUUUUGGGAGGUUUACUGGUUUCAAGGUUCUACUAAUUAUUUUUAUAAAUCUUUGGCUUGGUAAUUUAUUUGUAAUAGAAUAGUGUUUGAUCUUUUGCUCUGAGAGUUACUUUGAAUCAAAAAUGUCGAAAUCCGAAAACUUUGAGCGCAUGCUGAAAGUAAUUCGAUCACAUACCAACGGUAAAUUAGACAAUCAACGGCAACCGGCUCUUUUGCUAUGUUCAGUCGAAGAGUAUAUUACUCAAAAAAAGCUUGAGCUUUCUCCAAUCGUGUACAUGUCAGCCUUGACUGCCCUUAUACUACAAAGCGAUAAAGUGGACUACUCUGCCGUGUAUUUGCUAUCAGUUGUGCUUCCAGUUGUCCCUGAGAAGGAAAGGCUCGCUCAUGUUGAAGUUUUAGAAUCACAUCUUGUUCCUUGUUUGGAAGAGCAGGGCACUGAAGCUCCUACUAUUCGCUGUAUUUUGUUAUGCAUACAGGAAUUCUUAUUUGCUAUAAUGGCACAAGAUAUAAGUUCACACUCUGCGUCUCUUGAACUUUCAUUAACAGUCUUAUUAAAAUAUUCAAUUGAUUCCCGACCGAAAAUCCGUAAAUGUGCUAUACAAGCUUUGCAGGGAGUUUCCAAGAAGAACGAGACUUCUUCUUCUUUUUUGACGUCUCGUAUCAUCGCUUUAUGUUCCCAAGUAUUCCGUGAAUUAAAUGAAUCCCCUUCUUCAGAUAAAGCAAAUGUUUCAACUUCUAUUCAUUGUAUGCAGCUCUUAGAUGAGUUUGUUGAUUUUCAACAUGUGAGUGGUACUGAUCUUGGAACCACCACCGGUUCAUUGGUUUCUAUUUUACAAUCCGAUAUAGCUUCUUCAGAAUUUGUCGUUCAGAAAGCUACUUCACUACUCGCUAAUCUUCUUUCAAAACGAAUUGAUGCUAUCCCGGAUGCAUUUGUAGCUGAUCAGACGGACAAAAUGCUUCAAUCUUGGGAGAGGGCUCCACUGAUUGCCAUCUUGUUCAGCACUACGUUCGCUAGUAGAAGUCAAUCGAAAGGAAUGAAAAGGCUUACUCAUUUGUUUGAUCUUUUGUUGGAGUCUUCGCUGGCUGAUACUGACAGCAAUGAGUCCAAAUAUGCUUUUCUUUUCGAAGAAGACAAUGGUGGGCUCACUGAAAAAUGCUUGACUAGCGCACUAUCAAACAAAUCCAUCGCUUUGCAUGUAAUUACACAUGUGACUGGUAAAAUCUCAAAGUUGAUUGGAUCCGCUCGCUCGUUACGUCUAAAGCGUACGUCUAUAAUUAAUACCUGCUGUGCAUUCCUCACAUUGCUCGUUAAGGCCGCGCGUAAGGAGCAUAUGGACAUGUUGUUCAAUACCUUUCAAGACCUUGCUCGCGCAAUCAACCAAUGGAAAACUCCGAAGUCAAAAGAAGUAAAACAACUAUUCAUGGUAUCUUUUGAGAAGUUUGGUGUUGAGACGACUAUAACAUCGUUGGCACCAAUAAAUGAACUUUCGAAAUUUCAACGUUACUCAUGGCUGAAGGAUAUUUUGCUUGAUUCUGAAAAUAAUGAUUUUCUAGAAUUUUGUAAUGUCUUUAUACCGGUUAUUGAUUCUGGUGCUCCUGAAUGGUGGUCAGUACUUCCAGCUUUCUGUUCGUCCGUAAACGAUCCUAGUGCUUUGAGUGAAGAAGUACUAAAAAAAAUGGCCUCUACUGUUUAUCAACAAGAAAAAUAUCGUGAGCCUAUUGUCAAAUCCUUCAUUUCUCUAUCCAAGGUUUCCUCAGUUCAGUCCAUACUUUCAAAAAAUGCUGCGAAUAUAAUUGGUGUACUUGGUAAUGUUCUUGCGUCCAUGCCACCUGCCCAUACACUAGCACAAUGUGUUAUUGAUGCUAUAGUCUCUAUAUUUGCUGUUUCUGCUGACAAGCAGUCUGAAGUUAUAACAACAUUCAUUGAUUCUGCUCCUUUGAGCGAUGCAAAUUUAGGUAACAAGGCAAUUGUCAAUGCAUUUCCUAGCUUGCUUAAUAUUGCUCCUAGUGACACUUGGAAACCUUUCUUGCCUCAUUUGGUAAAGCUUUUCAAUCAGAAACCUCCAAAGGAUUCUCAAAGCGAAGCUUCUUCUCUAAACUUUGGAGCUGGAUUUGCUUACAGAUUGCUAAAUGCUUGUCUUUCGAAUCCAAAUAUGGUAGAGACUGUAUCACCAUUCGUUGGUAAUUUGGUUGAAUCAUUAGUUGACGUCGGUGCCAGUGUUCAAUCUAACUCUAAAUAUACUCUUCUGGAAAGGUUCAAGACUUGGAAGCUUCUCUUAGGUUUGAUUCCCAAAGAUGAUUUACAUUUGAUGGUUCCGCUAAUUUCAGAGGCAACUCUAGCAUCUAAAGACCAUAUGGCUGAUGUACGUGCUAAAGCAUAUGAAUUGCUUGUUGAAAUGGGAAAUAUUAUGAAAGAAGGUGGUAAAAUCGAUCGCUCACGUAUUCAAGGAGCCGAUUCAAAUGAUGAGACGGUUCAAGCUUCGCUUAAAGAAUACUUCACAAUGGUAUCAGCUGGUCUUUUCGAGUCAACGCCAACUUUAACUACAUGUACAAUUCUUUCUUUGACAAGACUUUAUUAUGAAUUUAGGGAUGAAAUCGAUCAGUCUAUCAUUGACUCACUAAUGGAGCUUAUGGAAUUAAAUUUGUCUUCAAGCAACCAAGAAGUUGCACGUACUGCUGUCGGAUUUGUCAAAAUGAUUAUUACAGUGAGUCCUAAGGAAACAAUUGAGCGGUUUAUGGAUUCAUUGAUGCCUUCAAUUUUUCGAUGGCUCAAAGAGCAUAAUGCUUUUGUAAAAAUUAAGGCAAAACAAUUGCUUGAUAGGAUGUUGAGAAUAUUCACUUUCAAUGAACUCUCUAGAUAUACGCAGGAUGCUGCUGAUAAAAAAUGGUUGGAACGAAUUUUGCAGGUUCGAAACUCUCGAGCAGAAAGAAAGAUUGAGGUCAAUGAAGAAGGAAUUGAAAGUGAAAAUGACGAAAUGGAUUUGGAUGUCGACAUUAAUGACAACAAUAAGUCAUUUAAUAAAGCAGAUAAUAAAGGAAGAAAUAACCGUCAAAAAGUCCCCAACAAAAAAGGUUUUGGGAACAAGAGGGAAAACAGAGUCAACGCAGCCCCUUCGAAUAAAAAACAAAGGAAACGUGUGUAGAUACCUUGACUGGUCAAAUUUUAUGGGUAAAAGGUUUAAUAAAAUAGAAUUUGAGUCAUGGAUGUUACCAUCGUCGACUGAGUAUCUAUCCUGGUAUUCACAAACAUAACAACUACUAUUGAAUCUACAAGACAUUUGAUAUACUGACGCAAAUAUAUAUAUUAUUAAACAAGUAAUGAC